AUGACGAGCGUAUGGAAGACCAAGGUUCUCCCCGGGCUCAACAAGAUCUUCGACAAGGAUGGCAAGAAGGCCGCCGCCGCCGAGUUCUUGAAAUCCUUCAACAAGGAGGAGAUUGACAAGGAGAUUGAGGACAAGAAGACAGAACUAGAGCCCAAGGUUGUGGAGACCAUUGAAGCAUCUCCUCCAGAAAUUAAGGAUAAGAAAACAUCCAAGAUCAAGAAGAACUCAGUUGCCGUCACCAAGUUCCUUGACGAUUUGGCCAAGAUUGAUUUCCCCGGAGCCAAGCUGGUGAGCGACGCGGUGGCCAAGUCCGGCACCACGCCCCUCUCCCCGGCCAUCGUCUUCAUCUUGGACAAGGUUGCGCCCUUCGUCCCAGCGCCCAAAGAGGAGCCCAAGGCCGAGCCCGAGGACGCCGCCCCGGCAGAGGAGACCACCACCCGCGAGGUCGCCGUGGAGGAGAAGAAGGAGGAAGCCGAGCCCUCCGCCGCACCGGCAGAAGCGGCCGCGCCGGUGGAGGCAGCCGCGCCCGCUGCUGAGGUAGUGGAGGAGAAGAAAGAGGAGGAGAAACCCGCGGAAGCCGCCGCACCUGCCGCCGAGGAGCCAGAGAAGAAGUGA